CCUGUAAACAAACCUAAAAACCUAUAAGAUGAAGAGGAGAGAAUGGGAUAAUGAAGAUGGCAGCAGUGAAUCGAUGAUAUUGAAGAAGCAUGGAAUUCAAAAUUACAGCAUUCCACCACCCCUCCCUUACCCUUGGAUUAUUUCCCGGCUUGAAGACGGUACGGGUGAUUUCAUCUUCCGCACCACAACACCACCGUAUGAGAGUCGUCGCACAAGCUCCCCUGAUUUGGGUGAUAAAGAGGUAAGGAAUUGCUGUUAUGGAUGGUUAAUUUUUUCCGAUAGAAACUAUGAUGUCUCCCUUUGGAAUCCUCUUACAUCAGAAUUGAUCCACCUUCCUCCAAUUGAAUCGAAACCACUACGAUACUGUUUUCAUGACAUUGUAUUGUCAUCAUCCCCAUCUAAAAUCAGUACUACUACUACUGUUGAUGAUGAUCAUCAUCUGGAUCCAAAUACCAUGGUUUUCUUAUUUGAUUCUACUCGUCUUUCCAUUAUUUAUUGCACACUUGGAGAGAAACUCUGGAAUACAGUGUGCUAUGCCAAAGAAAUCCCACCAGAGCUUGGCCAACCAGAUAUUAAGUAUCGCCUCUGUAAGGCUUUUAUUCUAAAUGGUUCUUUGUAUGCUAGAGGAGGCUCGUUUCGCGAUAAGUUACUCUGUAUUCACCAAGUCGAGCCAACACACAUUGGCAUGAGAAAAUAUUGUGACUUACCUUGGUCGAAUCCUGGUCUUACACUUGGUUCAAAUCACUUGGUCGAAUCUUAUGGUGAACUCUUCUACAUUGCUGUAUCAAAGGGAGGGAUAAAUAGGUAUGCAGUUGUAGACAUAGAAGUUUUCAAAUUUAAUCAAGAAAGCAUGAGAUGGCACAAGGUGAGAAGGGCAAAAGAUCGUGUAUUUUUAGUAGGUGGAAAAUAUAGUAUUUCCUAUCUUGCGACUGGAGAGAUUAAAGGCGGUUUUAUAUAUAUUGAACGGGGAGACUACUUUUAUAUAUACAACUCUGAGGACCAGAGCCUAUCAAUUUUUAUGCCGCAUUUGAUGUGCAAUAUCCCCAGAACACCUGACCCUAUUCUGUUUAUGCCUGACUUAAGGUUGUUUGAUAGACAAGUAGAACAAGAUUUGGAUGAAGCAGGACAAUCAGAAAUUGAAGAAAGAGAAACCAUAGAGCAAGCUAACAACAAAAAUAUUUUGGGAAUGAAUGAAGGAGAGAGUAAACUUUUUGGCUUCCCAGUGGAUCUUCUUGUAUUCAUCACACGAUUGCUCAAUCCGGUUGAUUAUAUAAAUCUCCGUACUAUCUCCAAGACUUGUAGAUCAACACUCCCUCAGAUUCAAUGGAGAGAACCUUCUAUUAGCUUACCAUCUGCUCCACUAUCGUCAUGGUUCAUUUUUUCUUAUACACACUCUAGAAUCCAUAGCUUUGUGGAUUCGAGGCUUGGCGGAAGGUAUCUCAUAAACAUCCCAGAUUCAUUAGUAGAUACUGAAAUUCUCCACUCAAAUGAUGGCUGGUUGCUGAUGUCCAUAGAUUUGAAAGCUUUGUCCUUCUACAAUCCAUUCACAAAAGAGAUUAUUAAGUUGCCAAACCCGCCUAGAGACUUCUUCUUGUCUUCAUGCAUAGGUUUCUCAUCCUCUCCAAAAUCUAGAGAGUGCUUAAUUGUGGCGAUAGGUGUUUCAGAUUCCGCUAGCAUAUAUAUUAUACGCCUUGGAGAAGAGGAAUGGCAUCAUUAUGAAUUUGACAACCAUAAUCAUACAUUUGACACAAGUCACAAUAGUCCAGUUUUUUAUGAUGGUGCCAUUUAUGUUCUUGGUCAAUAUGGAAAUUUAGGAGUUUUUGAAUUGUUACAGGAGGGGCAGAUGACUUGGAAAGUCCUCCAUAAACCUAAGAGACGACAUGGGUUUGUUUCCGAGAACUUCUUAAUUGUGUGUGAUGAAAAACUCUUAUUAGUUUUGAUUGGAGAAGUUGAAGAGGUAGGGGAGGUGAAGGUUUUCAAACUGAAUCGCGCUAAAAUGUCUUGGAAAAGAGUGAGGAAGUUGGACAGUUAUGCCUUGUAUGUGAGUCGAUCAUCAUCCUUUUCGACAUUGGUGAAAGCUAAUGGAAUGGGGAACAGAAUCUUCAUUCCAAGACUCCACGGCAAUGGUGUUGUCAAUUAUUCUUUGAAGACUAGAAAAUAUCAUUGCUUUUCUAGACAAGAUGAUUUGGUGGACUAUUAUGACACAAGAGAGCUGUUGCAUGCAUCUUGGAUUGAACCUUCAUGGUCCUAAUAUUUUGCGAACUGCUGGGUUUUGUUUUUGUAGAGUAACAUGCAAUUAUGAACUGCUGGGUUUUGUUUUUGUAGAGUAACAUGCAAUUAUCUUAGUUUAAGAUAAGUUAUCAUGUUAAGGAUUUAGUAUAUGAAGCACCAGAUCAUUCAAGUUUAGUUUUUGUAUCUAAUCUAAUAUGCCAUUAAUUUA